UCCAACGCCAUCUCCGCCCUCUCAGACCAGGCCUUCGGAGGCUUGGGGAACCUGAAGGAUCUAGAUCUUCAAGACAACCAGAUCGAGGACAUCUCGGGUCACGUCUUCGACCCUCUGGUUCAAUUGAGGUUCCUCAGCCUCUCCUCGAAUAGAAUCCAAGUGCUGCCUCCAGGCUCAAUGGACAGCUUGACGGAGUUGGAAAAACUUGACCUGUCUCACAACCGUAUCAGCCUGAUUUCCGAGGACCUCUUCGAGGAGCUUUUGUUGGCUUACAUCUUCCUCCACCACAACCCCUGGCACUGUGGCUGUGAGGAGGUGAGAUACCUCAGAGAAUGGCUGGAGGACAACCGUGAUUCAGUCUACAAUGAAGACAACCAGCAGGACAGUGACAGCGUGGUUUGCUCCACCCCCCUCACCCAGAGCCAGAAUCCGGUCCUGCAGCUCGAUGCAGGACCCUGCCCGGCCAGGACAACAACGGGAAUAGCCACCAUGGCUCCUCCUCAGCUCACUGAUGCACCACAAUCUUCCACUCCACAGGAAUGGCUCUCAACCCUGCCUGGCGAGCUUUGCGCUCAGGACACGGACUUGCUGGGAAGGGUUCAGCUUAACUGCAGCGACCGAGGACUUAUGUCUGUCCCUCAGGCUCUCUCUCCAAACACAGAGGUCCUGAUCUUGAGCCACAACUCUCUGACGUCCGUCUCCUUGAGCUCCUUGAAAGAUCUCCCUCAACUCCGAAACCUGGACCUGUCCAACAACCAGAUCGCCCACUUCCAGGCCGAUUACCGGCUCCCGUUGGAGAGGUUGGAUCUCUCCCACAACAAACUGAGCGUUAUCCCGCGAUUGUCCAGUCUGGCCAGGCUUGAGGGGCUUCAGCUCGCUUCCAACGCCAUCUCCGCCCUCUCAGACCAGGCCUUCGGAGGCUUGGGGAACCUGAAGGAUCUGAAUCUGCAAGACAACCAGAUCGAGGACAUCUCGGGUCACGCCUUCGACCCUCUGGUUCAAUUGAAGUUCCUCAGCCUCUCCUCGAAUAGAAUCCAAGUGCUGCCUCCAGGCUCAAUGGACAGCUUGACGGAGUUGGAAACACUUGACCUGUCUCACAACCGUAUCAGCCUGAUUUCCGAGGACCUCGUCAAGAAGUCUUUGUUGGCUUACGUCUUCCUCCACCACAACCCCUGGCACUGUGGCUGUGAGGAGGUGAGAUACCUCAGAAAAUGGCUGGAGGACAACAGUGAUUUAGUCUACAACGAAGACAACCAGCAGGACAGUGACAGCGUGGUUUGCUCCACGCCCCUCGCCCAGAGCCAGACUCCGGUCCCGCAGCUCGAUCCAGGACUCUGCCCGGCCAGUACAACAACAGGAAUAGGCACCAUGGCUCCUACUCAGCUCACUGACGUACCACAACCUUCCACUCCACAGGAAUGGCUCUCAACCCUGCCUGGCGAGCUUUGCGCUCAGGACACGGACUUGCUGGGAAGGGUUCAGCUUAACUGCAGCGACCGAGGACUUGUGUCUGUCCCUCAGGCUCUCCCUCCGAACACAGAGGUCCUGAUCUUGAGCCACAACUCUCUGAUGUCCGUCUCCUUGAGCUCCUUGAAAGAUCUCCCUCAACUCCGAGACCUGGACCUGUCCAACAACCAGAUCGCCCACUUCCAGGCCGAUUACCGGCUCCCGCUUGAGAAGCUCAACCUGUCCAACAACCUGCUGACGGAAAUCCCAGACCUCAAACGCCUCCCGAGCCUGAAGGAGUUGUCUCUCAACCACAACAAGGUCUCUGAUGUGGCAGUGGAAAACUUUGUGGGCCUGAGGGAACUGGUUGACCUGAGCCUCAGCGGCAACCGCAUUCAGGGCCUCCCGAAUGGGGUCUUUGACGGCCUGGACACGUUGAGAUUCCUGUCGCUGUCUUCCAAUCAGAUCAGCGUCCUGCCCGAGCUCCUCCUCAAACACCUGGACCUCGCGGGCCUGGAUCUCUCGCGCAACAGGUUGACAACCAUCCCCCAGGGCUUCUUCGAAGGCAAGAACCUCUCUUUCGUCUUCUUGCACAGCAACCGGUGGCACUGCGACUGCACCGUCCAAUACCUGACCAGCUGGAGCGCGGAGAACAACGGGAACGUGUACACCGAGCGGGACAUUCCCGAUCCCAAGGGCUUUGUGUGCGCCUCCCCUCCGGAACUCCAGGGUACUCCGGUCGUCCGGUUCCCCGCGCGACAACUGUGUCAGGCCACGACGGAAACGGAGACCAGAGUCCACACAGCGCCCCUCACCCUGGGCAGCGUCUCAGAGCCCUGGACAACCCCGAACACAGAGGUAACAACCGACCGAGCUUUGACUGAGCCACCGAGGGAGACGGGAACCCCGACUAGUCCUGGUCAACUGACGCCCACCAACGACGGCACGACGGCAAGUCACGAUGACCUCAGCUCCGUCCCUCCGAUCGACCCUGAUUGGGCUCGGAGAACCGGAGGCCUCGGGGGGUUGACCGGAAACCAGCUGAACUGCUUUGUCCUCCUUGUCCUGCACGUUCUCUCUCUGCUCCUCCUGCUGCUACAGAUCACCGGUCUCCUGGUCUACAUGGCUCGCUUUUACUGGAGGGUUUACAGGCCCCUCAGGGAUCUGCCCGGGAAGAGGCUCGGCAUCAGGUUGAUCCGCUACAGCCUCCUCGUUCCUUACGUCCAGCAACUCUACCCGCCUCUCGACCACGACUCCGAGCUGGACGAAGGAAGCCAGGAGUGAGCUUCCAGCUUGGACCAGAAGGACGAGAGUUUAAGCUUUCCGGGCGGGUUGGGUUGGGUUGGGUUGGGUCAGGAGGAAACCUUGGGCAAGUUUCCUUACUCCCCACGCACACGCACAGACACGCAGACACGCCUGUGUUUAUCUAGCACCCCGGUUCUCAUGGUCUUGCUCCCCACAACCCAACCUGGCCCUGACCUGCCUGGCCAUCAAACCUGGGUCCUCUUGCUUGUGAGCCAUGGGGUCUAACCACGGAGCCGUAGGGCUCCAGCGCUUUUCGGGGGAGAGAGAGACCUCUCACACCCUCCCCCAUACAACGCACUUUAUUAGGGUGAGAAAUCUCACUCGGUUUAUCCGAGUUAAUCCUCACCCUUCUGAUACAUGUUUGUAGCUCACGUUUCACUAUAAUUAAAGAUUAUUUGAA